GAACUGAGUUAUACAGUUGGUUAAGGUACCGCAGGCUGUUGCCUAGCUGAAUUAUUUUUAAUAGUCUGUAUUUUCUUUGCGCCCUAUUUACGGGUUGGUGCGAAUCUAUUCAUACCGUCGCAAAAUUGAGAAAAACGCAAAGCUAUAAGCUUUGCAAGCUGGCUAGCUAGUUUGCCAUCUUAUCCUUAUAGCUAACUGGUUCGCUCCUACGUUCAGCGUUUGCAAAGUGAAACUGAUACUGUUAACGAGUGGACAAAAAGACUGGACAAAAUCAUGGACUUUGUUGCUGGCUGCUUAGGAGGUGCUGCUGGGGUCCUAGUUGGACAUCCUUUUGAUACUGUAAAGGUCAGGCUUCAAGUGCAGAGUGCAAAGAAGCCUCUAUACAGAGGAACCUUUCAUUGUUUUCAGUCUAUUAUACGGCAAGAAUCUGUUUUGGGACUUUACAAAGGCAUUGGGUCUCCUAUGAUGGGCCUCACUUUCAUCAAUGCAAUCGUGUUUGGUGUGCAGGGCAACACAAUGCGCAUACUUGGCCAGGACACACCUAUGAACCAGUUUUUGGCAGGAGCAGCAGCUGGGGCAAUUCAGUGCAUCAUUUGCUGCCCCAUGGAACUAGCCAAGACUCGUAUGCAGAUGCAAGGUACUGGUGAGAAGUCGUCAUCAUCCCGCAAGGUAUACAAAAAUUCCCUGGAUUGCCUGGCCUGCAUAUAUCAGCGCGAGGGCGUAUGGGGCAUAAACCGGGGCAUGGUCACUACACUCAUCCGUGAGACACCAGCCUUUGGGGUCUACUUCCUGGCUUAUGAUGUGCUAACACGCUCACUAGGCUGUGAGCCUGAGGACCCCUACAUGAUCCCUAAACUACUGUUUGCUGGUGGCAUGGCGGGUAUUUCUUCGUGGAUCUCCACGUACCCCGCGGAUGUCAUUAAGUCCCGACUGCAGGCAGAUGGUGUUGGGGGCAAGUUCCAGUACAGUAGCAUUAUGGACUGCACACGAAAGAGCAUAGAAAAAGAGGGCUGGCAAGUGUUCACACGUGGCCUCACUUCCACCCUGCUCCGAGCUUUCCCAGUAAAUGCUGCCACUUUCGCCACGGUAACCCUUUUCCUCAUGUAUGUACGCCAGGGUGAGGGAGCCAAAGACUGCGAGCCUGCCCCGCAGCACUGUGGAGCCCUCCAGCAGCAAACACAGCCAUCUAGCCUGUGAUGGGGCCUCCUGCUGGGAUUGCUAUGUAUACUGGUGCUUGGAGCAUCAUGGCAGCCUUUUUCCAAGAAGCUGCUAAAUACAUAGCGGAUGCAGAUAAUAAACUUCCUCCCUGUGUUGAUAGGAUGGCAUACCCAUUCUGCAAGCAUGUUUAAAUGACUUGUGCAGUGUAAAACUGCAUUUGUACAAUUUUUGUACCAUUUGGUAUAAAGAAUAAGGUUCUUGGCAAAGGCAUUUUUACUGAAUGUACAUAUCAUUUUUUCCCCUGCAUAACAAGAAUAGUUCAAUUGAAGCAAAACUGGGAAUCUUGUUUUUUUUAUAACCAAUGGUCUGCAACCAUUGUGCAUACAUCUCCCCUGCUCCCUUUUUGUUACACAGAAUUACAAGUGUUACUGAUGCCAUUGGUAUUGCACAUUGUGACAGAGGCAUCAACUAUUGUAGCAUAAGAAAUAACCACACUUAAAAAUAGUUAAUAAUCCAGAUAUUAAUUGCAGAUAAAAAGAAAAAAAUUGCAUAAUUUGUAAAAAUCCAAUAGAAAAUCCCUUUUAAGACUGCUCAUUCCCUUAAUGUAAAUCUAUUUAUAAUUUGGCACUCACAUUCUGUGUUCUAAACUGUCGGUACUCCACGGAUCAUACUAUUUCAUAUGCAUUGUGAUGAUUGUGAUUGAUUAUUGCAAAUAGAUAUUUAACAACAGAAACCUGCAUCAGCCUUAAAGGGUUUUAUAAAAUUAUUUGAAGCUUAGCUUGUUCUGAGGUGUUCCAAUCCUGACAACACCUCAGGAUGAACUACAGUCAUGAGCUACUGUCAUUUUAUGCAUAUAAAGUAAAAAUGAAUAUGAAAAUAUUUGUAAAAUGAGUAAUUUUCUUAUCCAAGCAACAAUUGCACAAAAUUGAUUUAAUGUUGUGUGGUCUAAUUUAUUUAAACUUGCAAUCUCUUUAUAUUGCCGUGGUCCUUGUGGUAAUUGCACAACUACUGAACUAAAGAUAUCCUCUACGUUACAAUCAAAUUUUUUGUCUGGGUUUCUUUAAGUAGUUUAUCAUUGUCCUGUUGUAAAAAGAAGGCAAAAAAUUUUUUCCCCCUUAUGUCAUAUGUUCAUAUCAAAGCCUACCCAUUGCUUUUUAAAGGCUGUAUGAAUAAAAAGGCAAUUGUAUGUUUGAUAUUGUUAGAGCAGUAAAUGAUUAAAAAACUGAAAGGAAACAAACAACUUGGCUUUCUAUGGCGAAAGCUUGAAUGGAAACCCAUGACAAUCAUGGCUGCUGAUGGAAACUGCGUUAUGGUCAGUUAUCAGAAAAAUUGUUACUGUUGUACUGCACUUUUGUAAAGGUCAAAGUCUACUGUCUGUAAAACAUCUCAUCAGAUUAUUAUGUGUAUACUGUACUUCAUGUAUACAUAUUCCAUCAAAACCUUUAUAGUGCAAAGAUGUAAUCCAUUUUAUUUUCCUUCGGAAAAUGUUACACUUUGUGAUGAGUAAAUUUCGUGGGAGUAGUUGGUAUAAAGGUAAAUGUUAAAUGGCUUCAGGAAGUCUAGCUUUUGUCUUUGUUUUUAAAUGUUCUUUUCUGCUAAGAGAGAGACUGUAGUAUAUCACUUUAUUUUUGUAAGAAUUAGAAGUGCAAAUAUUUUACUAUUAUUUCUUUUAAAAUGUAAUUUGUCUGAUAUGAGUUGACUCAUUCCAGGGUCAUUAAGUUAAAGGCAAUCUGAAAAAAACUCUUAAACAAAAAACAGUUUAUUUAUGUUUUUCCUUAUAAGUAGUCACAUGUGCAGAUAUUUUCUUGGCAUGAUGGGUAAAGAGAAAUUAACCCAAACCAAACUCGCUAUCAGAAGCGACAUAAUUUGUUUUGUAUUAUUAUUUUAUUGCUGUUUUCAUUUUAAUGAAGCAGAAAUAAUUUAUCUAGAAUCUAGAUCAAAUUAAAUCAAGAGUGAAACUGAA